UACGCGUUUUGUGCGUUAAAAAAGCUUCAUCCGCGGACAUGGACCUCGCCUCGAGGGACUCGUACAUCCAGAAACUCGCCAGUAAAGUGUUGAACCAACAAGACGAGGAGAAGAAGAAGAAGAAGAGGCCGUUUGCUCAUUUCAAGGUUAAAAGUGACGCCGGUCCUCCAAAGAAGAAGAAAAAGUGUAAAAAGAAGAGUUUCAAAGAAAAGAGCACAGAGAAGAAGACGCCCCAACAAAAGCCUUCCCCCUCUCCUGCAGCACAGAAAGGCCCAGUGAAACUGAACGGGUCCAAAACUCAGAGCGUAAACGGAUCAACAGCACAGCAGCCUAAAGGAGGAAAUGCAGAGUCCAAAUUCUCCACAGUCGACAUCCUGCGCAAGAGACUGCAUGAAAAGAUUGAAGAGUCCAGAGGGCAGGGAGCCCCAAAGGAUGCAUUAUCAGAGGCGGUCCAGGCCAAGCGAGCAAAACGAAAACUAGAAAGGGAGCGCAAGAAGAGGAAGAGGAAAGAGUUCCGGAUGAAGGAGCUGGCUGAAAAAAGCGGCCAAGAACCGCAGCCGGAGAUAAAACAAGAAGCAGAGAGUGCCCCGGCUAAAGCAAGCAAAAGAAACCAAUCGGCCGUCAUUUUUAACAAGAUGGAGAUGGUGGAGGAGGGGUAUGUAGACAAGAUACAGAAAAAGAAGAUGAAGAAACAGAGCAUGAAGGGCCAGAUAACGCCGCUGACGGGGAAGAACUACAAGCAGCUGCUCAGUCGGGUGGAGGCUCGCAACGCCAAGCUGGAGCAGCUGAGGGAGAAGGACGCGGGGAAGGCCCGCCAGGUGGAGGAGAAGAUGAAGUGGACCAACAUGCUGUACAAGGCGGAGGGCAUCAAAAUCAAAGACGACGAGAACAUGCUGCGCACCUCGUUGAAGAACAAGGAGAAGAGGCGCGCUCAGAGGAAGAAGAACUGGAACCAGCGCAGCGAGAACAUCGUAGAGAAGAUGCAGCAACGGCAGGACAAGAGACGCAAGAACAUCCAGAGACGCAAGCAGGUCAAGACGGAGAAGAAGAAGGACAAGGCACGCAAGAAAGGCAGAGUUCUGCCCGAGGACUUGAAAAAAGCUACAGUUUAGAAGAAACAGUGUAUUUUUUUUAUGACAACAUAGGCGAUGUCUAAAUAUGUAAAUCAGUCUCUUUUGAUGGCUGUAUGAUUUAUGUACAUGAUGUGGAAGCACGUAUUCUAACUUCACUCCUGUUGAGGAGUAAUGUGUGUGUUGUGGUUAAUAAAAUGUCGUCCUUCAUUA